AUGUGCGGUGCAGCAGAACUGCCCGCCUGCGUUGCAGAUCGCCCUGUGGCUCGACUGCCAGCGAGGGUCUAUCCUUCCCUCUCCAUUGGCGCCCACGGCAAAUCGCUGUUUGUGCUCAUCGCAUUCAUCGUCGUGGCCGCAUUUUCGACACGUCGACUAUCUCGUCGCUCAAGGUUCUCUAGGGGUGGUACUCAGCGGUGGGUGGGACUAUCAGAUGUUUUGGAGAUUGUGUGGUUUGCGAGCUCUGUAAUGUGUGGGCUCUCCGGCAUUGGGAGCAAUAACCAGGGUGUGGCUAUAUGGAGUAGACACAUGGAGCACUGGGGAAAGGAUUCUGCAUUCACAUCUGCGACACAGCUGAUGUGGGUGCACCAUGCAUACAUUAUUCAGAUAACAUGCGUGGCAUGUGCGAAGCGGUGGGAGGGGCCGUGGGAUUACCCCGUGGCGCCGGCGCGAGCCGCACCUGCACAGCAGACUUUGUGGUGUAACCGGGCUGCCGCCACAUGUCCCAAUUUGGAUGGCAGACCAGCCGGGCUGGGGCACCAUUUCCCAAAUUGGAGGGCAGAUGCAGCCGGGCUGGAUGGCAUAAUAAAUAAGAUGGCGAUUUGUAGCUGCCCGGGUGGUAUGCAUAAUGGAUUGAUCCAGCUGCCUUACCAGUGGAUUGUCCUGCAGCAUGCAUUCCAGCGCCAUGCGAAGGUCACGAAGCUUGCGACUCAUCUCCUCGCCUCGUGUGGCCUUGGAGCGCAACAGCGCCAGAGUCCGGCCAUGGCAUGCCAAUAUGUGCAGCAAUAUGUUGGGCAGACAGUUCAAUCUGAUAAUGGGACCACGCGGACGUUGAAACCCACAGAAUUUCGGCCUCAUCAUGGCAUGCGAGUCCUCAGUGAGGCGGAGGAGAUGGAGGACUUGACAUGGUUGUGGUCCUUUUAUUACCUCGGAGUGAAUACUCUGGAGGGGUUCACAGGGAUCCCCGGGCAAGAGAACAUUGUACAUACGCAAGAAGAUGUCUGGCGCAUGAUAGUGCCCAGGAUUCUGAAUGAAGAUAGUGCUUUCAGCAACCACAGGGGAGAGGGAGAAGCCUUGCCUGAGAAUCUGCUUUCUCCUGACUUCGGUCAGGAGAACAUUAUGGCCGUGGACAAAGGGGGGGGAUGUGGGGGAGUGAAGGAGAGCAUCAUUGGGAUGGGCGCAAUGAUCACGUGGAAGAGGUAUGGAAUGAUGUCGGGUUACGCGUGGGGGAAGAUGGAGGUGACAUUCCAUGCAAGUGAUGACGGGAGCUAUGGCAGUGAAGAUCCAUGGCUACCAGACUUCUUGUGGCUGGAUGAGAGGCAGAUAGUGCAGGGGAUAUAUCCCAAUGUGACAGUUUACGAGUUGGCACAGUUUGUGGGGGAGGAGGUACCUUAUAGGAAGGGGUUUUUGGUGCACAGUGAAGGGGUUCAGGUAGAGAUUGACAGAAUUCAGAGAGUGCAUAGAUUGUAG